AUGGGUGGCCACGGAGGGCUAAACAUCCUGCCGCAGAAAAAGUGGAACGUUUACAGGAAGGAUAGGCAGUUUAAGGUGAAUUAUGACGAAAACAAACUUAUAAAGGAAGAAGAAAAAAAAGUGAGAAAAAAAAAUGAGCAGGCAUUCGAAAACACCAUCAGUCAGCUGAAGCAGAACGUGCAUCAGGGUAAAACGCACCAAGGCGAUGCCUACCAAAACAACCAAAAUGGGAAGAACAAUCACUGUGAACACAUUAACCUAUUUGCAGAAGAGGAAAAAGAAAUAAAUGAAAGGAACAAAAAGCAUGAAGAAUUUUUAAUCAAAAAAGGACACUACAUUUAUAACGAUAAAAAUUUUAAUGGAGAAAAUUGUAUCUAUGACAAAACAAGUAAUGCAAAAAUUGUUUCCGAUUUUGACAAAAUUAAGUUAAGUCAAAAUGAGUGGUAUUUGAGGAGACAGAGCAGCAUUUUUGCGAAGACGAAUGAGUUGAAGGAGCUAAAGGCGGGGAAUAGGGAUGAUGACCCUUUUUGUGACAAGGCUUAUCAGAGACAAACUGACCACCUGAGGAGAAGCGACUCGUCAGAAAGUGACACACAUCGGCACGGGAAAAAGUUAAAACGUAGAGAUAGAAAAAGGAACAAGGAAAAGGAGAAGAAAAAGAAGUAUGACCAUAUCAAGAAACUUAUAAAAUAUAAGAAAGACAAGGAAAAAAGGGAAAGGAAAAAAAGCCGCAAAAGGUGA